AUGCUCUUACUGACGAAACAGAACCAGGUGCCUUUACCGCCUUGGCUGCCCCUUUCAUUUGCCGUGGCAAAAGAACUAGCCAACCGUAACCUUCAUCGUCAACACCUUACCUCGUCCGAGAUUCACCACUUUGAAGCCGCCCUUGCCACAUUCUCCACAUGGUCCCAAUUUAUGACCCCUCACACCGCCAAUGCCCUCGACGCUCUCACUGUCACUCACAUUGCCGCCUUUCGAGUCCGAGCCAUGCUCUUUGAGUACAUUCUUCCCUUUUUAAAUUCGUCUAAACGUCCAUGCUGCAACGAUUCGCCGUUCGAUCUCGAGUAUAUCUGUUCCCAGGCACGAACCAUAUCCUCCUCGGAACAUGUCGAACGAACAACACCGGCACCAACCGAUGCCGCGAUCGAACCUUCAUUGACGACGGCGUCUACAGACCCCACCGAUAAAAACGAGCUGGCUGCUCAGUCGUCCCCGCUUCAGAAACGAAUGGUCAACGAUCGAGUCCCAUUGACCGAUGUCUAUCACACUCUGGAAUAUGAUUAUUCCGCCAUGUGCGAACAAAAGAAACUGGAAGAUUUUCAAGCGCAAUCAGACAUCAAUGAAGAAAACAAAGACACGCAACACCAAUCGUUAUCAAUUCUCAAUGCUGAUGGAAACUUUAGCAUCAAAUAUUUACUGCAAGGCAUUGCUGCCAAUCGUGAUAAGAUGGACUUGACAGAUCGAGAAUUGCGGAAUCUUCUUUCGGAUUUACGUCCCAAUCGAUCCAAAUGGGCCAGUGAUGAUAAGAUCGGACAAGAAGAACUGUAUGAGGCCCUCGAAAAGGUGCUCAACAGCCUAAAAAAUUAUACAGAGCAUUCCAUGCCUUUCUUGAACAAAGUCAGCAAACGGGACGCACCGGAUUAUUUUGAAGUGAUUGAACGACCCAUGGAUUUGGGUACAGUCACCAAGAAAUUAAAGCAAGCCAUCUACAAAUCUAAAAAGGCCUUUGCCGAUGAUCUGUACCUGAUCUACGAAAACUGUCUUACCUAUAAUACCGCCCCGCACAAUGAGUAUCGUAAACACGCUAUUGCUAUGCGGCGGAAAACCGAUCGAUUACUUGCUAAUGUACCAGAUAUCGCCGUAAAGGAUUUAGAAGAGGAUGCAGACUAUGUAAGCGACGAAGGCGAGCACGAUCAACCGAGACAUGGCGGAAAGGGAUCCGGCUCAUCCAAAGUGCCCGCAAAACAUCCGGCCAAAUCGCAACGAGAUGAUACACCUUUGGAUCAGGACCAUUACUUACGCGAGCGUUCCAUGACACGCGAAUCAAGCGCCGCACCGUCGCAUACAGAUGGUUUCUUUCAUGGAUCGGAAACGGAUCGCGACGGUUUCGAAACAACAAAGCGUAAACAGUAUUCUGGCAAAGGGAUGGCCAACCACUCCACUGAUGAUGAUGAGGCAGCCAAGGAUCCGACCGCGGAAUUGGAUCCAGAUCUUGUAGAGUUACAAGAUCAGCUGUGGCGCGAUAUGACCAAGAAAACUCGAGCCAAGAUCGCAUCGGAUAUUGAUAAACAGCAUCAAUUUUCGUUUGGCGAUCGACCAGCGAUCAAGCGAACGCCCCUGGCAAUGAAACGGUUUGCCAUGAUGGAGCAUAUGCAUGGCGAUCCUGAAACGACGUUGAAACUGAUUCGAUGUUCCGACGCGAGCUUUUCGCGAUGGGUGGAAAGAAGUCAUGGGGUGAACAACAGCUUAUACGAUGCCUUUGACUUGGAUUCCGACGACGAUGAAAGUCUGGAUGGCAGCUUUUUCUUCACUCGAGUGAAAUCGCGAGCCGACGAAGAUGAUACCGAACGUACCGAUUUGUUUAUACCCGAAUAUGUCACAGCCGCCGGUCUACCCGAAAUUCCGGGUGUACCUGAAGAACUGCCCUGUCAAAACCUCAUUCGACGAUUCUCCACCACUUCGGAAACGAAAACCGCCGAUUCCCUUGUCGAGGAACGAAACAACGAUGAUAUCACACUGGAUGUGUAUCCGUCGGUGGCGUUUCCUAACCAUGGCGUCAAUCAAAUCAUGAAUCACAACCUUCAAACCCUCCGCAAUAUUCGAUUAACGUAUGACAAAUGUUGCAAUAUUCGCAACAACGUCCCUCUUUCUACUACAAUUAAUACUGCCACGACGAUUACCGAAUCGAGCCUCGAUACAGAAAUUGGCACCCCUAUUCCAUCCAUCAGCUUAUUACCCGUUCAUCGACACACCUCUUUACCACCGCUCCUCAUCCACCAAGAAAUUAGUCAUCAAUUAAUACAACGUCCUCUCGUCAAGUUGCUUGCUCAUGCUGGUUUUGAGGGAGCUCACACUGGUGCGCUCAAUGUACUCACCGAAAUAUUCGUGGAUUAUUUAUUCAACAUUGGAAAAACGAUACGUAACUACUGGGAUGAUUAUGGUCGCGAAAUGAAUGGCGAGGAAAUCAUUCUACAUACACUCUAUGAAAACGGCAUUUGCGCGUUAUCUGAUUUAGAAAGUUACAUCACUGAUGAUAUCGAACGAUACAGCCAUCGACUGGAUGAUGUCCAGCGAAGGUUGGAUACUUCGUAUCAAGAUUUGCUUUCAGGUGGUCCUCCGGCCGACAAGCCACUGGAGGACGACGAAGCGCUGUUGCAAGAGGAUAUGCUCAUGCGGGGUGCUUUUGGUGACGAAAUUGGCGAGGACUUUUUCGGUUUCAAGGAAUUAGGUCUUGAUAAAGAAUAUGAUCUGCAAACGUUCAUCGUUCCCGCUCGUCUUUGGCACGAGCGGAUCAAGUAUCCGCCACCACCUGCAUUUGCACCCGUGGUAUCGGAAAAAGAGUUUAUCGGGUUGUUGCAACCUGUUUUCCGCAAGAAACUGGAAGAGAAUAAUAACACAUUGGUCGAAGAUGAAUAUUUGGUUAACCGGCGUCGUAAUCGAGCUCGAUUCCCGCCCACCAAUAAGAUUAACGCGGCCCGUCGCAAAGUGCUGAAGGAGACUGGCAACAACCAGGGAUCGGGAAGUUCGGUGGCCAUGGAAGCUAAAAAGAUCAAACGCAAACGAACACUGGAGGAAGUGAAAGCUGAAAAGGCGGAAAAAAAGCGGCAAAAGAUGGAAGUCAAGGCGCAAAAGUUGGCCGAAAAGGAACAAAAGCGCAAGCAAAAAGAAGAAAUGAAAGAGAAAGAACGACUAGCAAAAUUGGAGGGUAAACUCGCCAAAGAGAAAAAGAUGAAGAAAGCAGGGUCUCCAGUGCAUGAAGAGGAACCGUUGUAA